AUGAUUAUCAAAUUUCUUAUUUUUAAUCUUCUCCUUUGUUUAUUUCGUUGUAAUACAAAGGUUAAUCUCACUUAUCCUCAAUAUGAUUUCUUAAAAAUGGAUUCGGAAAAUAUUUCCGAAGCUCUUGAGAGCAAUACUUACUGGUUUAUAAAUUUUUAUGCUCCACAGUGUGUCUAUUGCAAAUACAUAUGGGAUAAACUAAGAAAUAUACAAAAAUCAAUACAAAAUGAGAACAGAAGGAAAAUAUAUUUCGCUGAAAUAAAUUGUGAUAACCCCAAAGCAUACUCACUUUGUGAAAUAUAUGGAGCCUUGAAAGUACCUCAAUUAAAAAUGUUUAGGAACAGUGCAUUAAUAUCCACUUAUUCAAAUGACAUAACCAAUGAGAAUUCUAUAAAAAGCUGGAUAUAUUACGUUACGACACCAAUAUUUGUUGGCGUGCAGAAUGAAGAUGAGUUAAAAUCAUACGAAACGGAGAACAAUAUGUUUUUAACUUGCUCAGAAAAUUUACCUGAUGAUUUAUUUGAUGUGGCUAAGUUAUAUUAUGAAGAAUGCUAUUUUAUCAAUAUCACAAAUCCGGAUAUGUGUACUAAGAUGAAUAUAAAAGCGAACGAAUUGCACGUAAAGAGUGCAUAUAAUCACAGUACCUAUGACUUAGACAAGUUGGAUCCUGAAUUAUUGAAGUCAUUUAUAAAUAAGAAUAGAUUUCCCUUACUUAUGAAAAUAGAUCAUAGAAAUUUUUUUAAUAUAAGAAGUAGCGGUAACAAUUUAAUGCUAUUACUUUUGGAUAUGAAAAAGAAUUUUGAUUCCUACAUUUCAGAGUACAAACGAUAUGCAGAAAAAUACAAGAAUCAAAAUGAUAUUCUCUUUGGUUAUAUAGAUGGAAAAUAUUAUGAAGAAAAUUUAGAACUAUACGGUACUAAUUCAGAUAUGUAUCCACAAAUAAUAUUAUUCAGCAAAUAUCCAAAGUUGUAUUAUUUUGAGGAGUAUUUCAAUAUAGAUAAUGUAGAUAAUAUAAUAGAUGACUUAAAGAACAAAAGAAUUUAUACCAAAUUGGAAGAGUUUACAAAAUUUAACAUUAUUAUGAUUAAAUUGAAAAAACAUAUAAGAUAUAUUUUAAAGAAAGCCUUUAAGACAGACGUUUUAUCUUUUAUUGGAUUUAUAUGCUCAGUUAUUAUGAUAUUAUGCACAGCCAUAUUAGUAAUUCAUACAAUAUAUAGAUAUUAUAUAAGUUACACAAAAAAUAAUUAUACUGAAAAGGAAAACAAGACCGAAUAA